AUGGAAUCUGAAGAGCCCGAGGAGUCUAACAGUUUAAACGAGCAGAGCGGAGGAGGAAGGCUCCUAGGACCAAAAUCGCAAAGCUUCGUCUUUUUCUCAAUACUAUGCGUCCUGUUGAAGUCAGAAGCACUGUUCACGUUCUUCGUGUACUGGCUGAGAGGACUGCAGCUCACGUCAGGAACAAUAGGACUGCCGGACCACAACACACUAUCGCACCUGUGGCUGCUGAAGCCGUUCUUCAGCCUUCUAAUAGAUAAAAUGGACGUUCCGAUAUCGCAAGACAGCGAGGAACGUGAAAAGGAGCGGAGCACACGGGAAGGAGAAAAGAAAAAACAGUCAGAACGGAGAAGGCCGCUUCUGAGAUAUAACUCGCUGAGCUUCUUCCCGAACGUAAAAAAUUACAGAGUAGUGGUGCUGCUGGUGGCAGAGUACCUGAUCGCAUUCGCGUCAGUGACGCUGUACGUGCUGCACAUGUUCAAGUGCUUCCACACAUUCUUCACAAACCUGCUGGUAUACGUGCAGGGACUGAGCCUGGUGUGCGCGAGCUCGUACGCAGAGGGGCUCUUCUGCAGGUACGUGAAGAGCAAGCCCGAGGAGACGUACGUCAAGUUCGUGUCGCUGAGGCUGGCAAUGACGUCGCUCUACGGGUUCACGACCAUGGCCUGCAUCCUGCUGCCAGUGUUCUUCCAGGAAAGGCCGCUGGGGAAGUUCUUCCAAAUCAACGUCUUCUUCCCACUCUUCCUGACAUUCAACGCAGUAUUUGUGUCGUGGGUGGUCUCAAGGCCAGUGGCCAAGGACGAAGAGGAGGGGUCAGAAUCGAGAUACGGGAUAGAAGUGAAGGAAUACAAAAAGAGCCCAGGAUCAGAGGGAGGAGUAGGUGGAGACGAGAGGGAGAGUCAGGUCUUCUCGGUCGAAUCCAUGGUGUCACUGCUGGCGCUGUUGCUGGUGUCGAUGAGGCUGAAGAACGACUUCUUCAACAAACACACCCACACGAGAGUGGACAACUACAUGUUCGUACUACUGUCACAGCUUUUUAAGUUUGUCGUAUCGGUGAUGAUGAUCAAGUUCAUGGGAACGAAGAAUCUCAAAAGGUCGUGCCUGCUGGUGUUUGGAACGACAAUACUGCUACUGUACCCAUUUAAGACUAACACGAGCACGUUCUUUGAACGCAUGGCAAGCUUGGGGAGAUGGGAAGUGGUUCUGGUGGGAUUAGCGCUGUCACUGGUGCAGCAGGUGUUAAUCACGUACUCACUGAUGAAGUGCCUGCACAUGGCGCCGAAGGGGUACGAAGCAUCGAUCAUGUCGCUGCCGUCAUUCACAGCGCACGCAACACACCUGUGCCUGAGGCAGCACGUAAUAGACUACCUGGACCUGUCGCAUAAGCAAAAGUCGAUAUUCCAGUACUUCAGCUUCGCAUUAUUCUGCUACUUCCUCUUUGUAAUAUAUAAGGACACACAAGAACUGAAAAAACGAGGUAAGAGUGUAUAA